AUGGUGCGACUGGCGGCCGAACUGCUGCUGCUCCUGGGACUUCUUCUACUUACCUUGCACAUCACGGUGCUGCGGAGCAGUCCGCUGCAGCAGGGAAAUGCAACUCUGAGCCUGGAUACAGCACACAGAGAGCAGAACAAUAUAAAUGCAAAAAGUAGCUCAUCGGCCCAACUGGCACCUGAAGACCGGAGAUCUGGUCCAGAACAUCGGUUGGCUCACCGGCCCGCCACCCUCCCCUGGGCACAAGGCACGGGCAGCAACGUACACAGGGACGGCCCCGGAGCUUUCCUUCUAGAUCUGCACAAUUUCCCCGACCUCUCCAAAGCCGAUAUCAAUGGACAGAACCCCAACAUACAGGUGACAAUUGAAGUGGUGGAUGGGUUGGAGGGCCAUGAGCCAGAAAAAGGACUUCGUAAGGAGAGCAAACCCAGCUGGGCUUCUCCUAACUGGAGAAACUGGUGGCCUCACACUUCCUCCUCCUCCUCCACCUCCUCAUCUUCCACCACUCAUCAGACAGAGGACCACGACCGCUCCUACGGAAGCAAAACUGAGGACAGCAACUUCCUCAGACCACCGGUAGACUGGGAUAGAAGAGGAGGCACCGGAGGAGGAAGCAAAGCUCAAACAGAAUAUGACUACAUGGACGGCGAAGGGGACUGGAGUAACUGGUCAGCGUGCAGUAUCACUUGUGGAAAUGGCAACCAGAAGAGAACCAGAUCAUGUGGUUAUGCCUGUACAGCCACUGAGUCCAGGACCUGUGAUAUGCCCAACUGCCCAGGUAUUGAAGAUGCCUUCAAGACAGCAGCUACUGAAGUGAGCCUGCUGGCUGGAACAGAUGAGUUCAAUGCCACGGAGCUCUUUGGUGUUGACACAGACAGCUGUGAGCGAUGGAUGAACUGCAAGAGCGACUUCUUGAAGAAAUAUAUGAGCAAGGUAGCGAACGACCUUCCCAGCUGCCCUUGCUCUUACCCGACUGAGGUGGCAUACAGCACGGCUGAUGUACAUGAUGCUCCUACACGCAGAGAUUUCCGUUGGAAAGACGCCAGCGGGCCAAAAGAGAAGCUGGAGAUCUACAAACCUACAGCGCGUUACUGCAUCCGCUCCAUGCUGACGCUGGAGUCCACCACACUGGCUGCACAGCACUGCUGCUACGAUGACAACAUGAAGCUCAUCACUCGAGGCAAAGGGGCAGGCACGCCCAACCUCAUCAGCACAGAGUUCUCAGCCGACCUGCAUUAUAAGGUGGACAUCUUGCCUUGGAUCAUCUGCAAGGGAGACUGGAGCCGCUACAACCAGGCAAGGCCGCCAAACAACGGACAAAAGUGUCCUGACAACCCUCAGGAUGAGGACUUCUACAAACAGUUUGAAGAAGCAAGGGAAUUCUAG